CGCCCUCAUCCGGAUUUCACUGUGACUGCAAGGCGGGAGAAUGACGAAAACGUUCAACUCUACGUCAUGACGUAGCUGAAAGCGUCCACGACUGGGCGAAAAUGGCGGAGUAUCUGGCAUCCAUUUUCGGCACAGAGAAAGACAAGGUCAACUGUUCCUUCUAUUUCAAAAUUGGAGCUUGCAGACAUGGAGACCGCUGCUCAAGAUUGCAUAACAAACCGACCUUUAGUCAGACCAUCCUGAUCCAGAACAUCUACCGUAAUCCUCAAAACAGCGCUCAAACUGCUGAUGCUUCUCGUUGUGCCGUCAGCGAUGUGGAAAUGCAGGAACAUUACGACGAGUUCUUUGAGGAAGUCUUCACAGAGAUGGAGGAGAAGUACGGAGAGGUGGAGGAGAUGAACGUGUGCGAUAACUUAGGUGACCACCUUGUUGGCAACGUCUACGUGAAGUUCCGCCGCGAGGAGGACGCGGAGAAGGCCGUCAUGGACCUGAACAACCGCUGGUUCAACGGCCAGCCCAUCCAUGCAGAGCUGUCGCCCGUCACCGACUUCAGGGAAGCCUGCUGCCGUCAGUAUGAAAUGGGAGAGUGCACCCGCGGGGGCUUCUGCAACUUCAUGCACCUGAAACCCAUAUCCAGGGAACUUCGGAGGGAGCUGUACGGCCGCCGCAGGAAAAGGCACCGCUCUCGCUCACGCUCCCGCGAACGGCGCUCCCGCUCCAGGGAUCGACGACGGGACCGCGAGAGGCGGAGGUCGAGGGACCGAGAACGCUCCGGACGCUUCUAGAAGAAGGCCGGAUAGAUCCACCAAAUCCCUCCCUCCUAACACGGCAGAGACAACAACGUUUUCAUUUGUUUUUCUUGGUGAAUUGUUGGAAGUGUUUGUUUCUUUUAUUCCCUUUUUUAAGACAAGCUUGUGUCGCUUUCUCAAUAAAACAGAUUUGCAACUCUG